CCUAUUUGUAAUUAAUAACUUGGUCCAAAAAUAACUUCUCUUCACAAACGUCGAAUCCAAAAGAGAGGAAAAUGGCUAAUGACGCAAAAUAUGGACCUCUGCACUUUGAUCUUAAUACUGGGGCUAAGAUCCCAUCAGUAGGUCUGGGCACAUGGAAAGCCGACCCUGGUGUUGUUGGUAAAGCUGUAAUUACAGCCGUCAAGAAUGGUUAUAGGCACAUUGACUGUGCUCAAGUCUAUGGCAAUGAAAGAGAGGUAGGUGUGGCUGUGAAGGAACUAUUUUCCUCUGGAGUAGUUAAACGUUCGGAGUUGUUCAUCACAUCUAAGCUAUGGUGCAGUAACCAUGCACCAGAAGAUGUCUCAAAGGCAUUGAGCAAGACAUUAGAAGAUCUCCAGCUUGAUUACAUUGAUCUGUAUCUUAUACAUUGGCCAUUUAGGACAAAGCCCGGGUCGCAGGGUUUUGCCCCUGAAGUCAUGGCUCCAUUGUGUCUGCCCGAGACAUGGAAUGCAAUGGAGGGCUUGUAUGCAUCUGGCCGGGCUCAAGCCAUCGGUGUGAGCAACUUCUCAACUAAGAAACUUGAACACCUGCUUUCCUACGCCAAAGUUCCACCUGCAGUCAAUCAGGUUGAGUGUCACCCCGUGUGGCAGCAACCCGCUCUUCAUAACUUGUGCAAAUCCACUGGUGUUCAUCUCUCGGCCUAUUCUCCACUAGGAUCUCCCGGGACUUGGCUAAAAGGGGAAAUCUUGAAGGAACCAAUACUGCUCGAAAUCGCUGAGAAGCUAAACAAGUCGCCGGCACAAGUAGCUCUCCGUUGGGGUAUUCAGAGUGGACACAACAUCCUUCCAAAGAGUGUAAAUGAGUCUAGGAUCAAGGAAAACCUGAACCUGUUCGACUGGCGCAUUCCUCAAGAACUCUUCUCAAAAUUUGCAGGAAUCUACCAGCAAAGGCUACUCCGAGGCGAUUUCGCGAUACAUGAGAGCUUGAGUCCUUAUAAAAGCCUACAAGAACUGUGGGAUGGUGAAAUGUGAGAUGAUA